CUCAAAAUGGAUUUGGCCAAGGAGGGCUUGGUGGCCAAGGCGGACUUGGUGGCCAAGGCGGACUUGGUGGCCAAGGAGGUUUUGGUGGACAAGGAGGUUUCGGCUUUCAAGGAGGAUUCGGUGGGCAAGCUGGAUUCGGUGGUCAAGCAGGACUUGGAGGACAAGCUGGACUUGGUGGUCAUUUAGGAAAUGGUCAGGGAGGAGUGUACCCGGGUCAAGGAGUUCCCGGUUACGGCGGAAUUGGUGGAUCUGGCCAUUUCCAUGGAGGUAAUCCUGUAGGACCUGGAAAUUACCAGGGAGGAAAUCCCGUUGGACCUGGCAGCUUCCAUGGAGGCAAUCCCGUUGGGCCUGGUAACUUUCACGGAGACCAUCAUGAAUAUCCGGAACAUCAUCGCGAACAUCACCACGAACAUCAUGAACACCACGGACACCGCGAGCACCACGAACAUCGCAGGCACUAGAUCGGAGCUUUGUAAAUUUCUUGUACUUUGAGUUUACAAUAAUAUGUAUACU